UUUCUCUCUUCUCUCUCGUUUCGAGGAUGAACGCUUCUCUGUUUCUCAAAAGAAGAAGAAUGGGAACGACGAUGGAACCCUAGAUCUCUCUCUCAUCUCCUCCACGAGGUAAUCAGAAUCAAAACCUAAGCCAUGAAUCCUCUUUCGGUGCUUGCGAUUUGGGUUUGUGAAUCGAUGUGGAGGUGAAUACAUGGCGGCUUUGUUCUCAUUGAUCCCUUUUUUUCCAACGAUUUCUAGGGAUUUCAGUGGAUCCCUUAGAUUGUUAUCGUUUUUGGAUUCUUGUGGUUAUUGGAUCUAGGGUUUUGAGGGACUUGGGGGAAUUUAUGGAAAGGGAUUUUGAGGGAUUUGGAAGCGAUGCUUGCGCUGGAUGUUGCGGAGACCCGAAUCCACCCGAUAGGUAGCGCCGUCGCUGCUGCCGGCGGAGCCGGAGGGAGGAGGGGAGGGAGGAGAUCGAGAUCGGGGAAUCGGAGAAGAAGAGGAAGAGGGUGUGCUGGGAGAUGGGGGAAUCGUUGCUGACGACGUUGUCGAUGGAGAAUAACCAUCAUCCAUCCACUCUUCUCUCCAUGGAUCCAUGCGCCACCUCCGCCGUUGCCGACGAAGACAUCGACCGCGAGCUCAUGAUCCAGCCACCGCGCCAGCACCCCCAUCAGCACCAUCUCUCGCGGCCGCCGGACAUCAACCUCCCCCUCUCCGUCGACCCUUCCCCUCCACCGCCGCCUCUUCACUGGUCCUCUUCUGGUCACUCUCCUGACCCCUGCGACCUCCUCGAUGUCGGCCUCGCCCCUCACCCUCUUUACGACCCCGACUCCAUCCUCAACCUCCCCCGCCCCUCCUCGGCUGCCGCCUCCGGCGCCAUCCCCCGCAAGUGUGCCCGUCGCGGCGACAGUAUCUGGGGCGCCUGGUUCUUCUUCAACUUCUAUUUCAAGCCCGUCCUGUCCGAUAAAUCCAAGUCCAAGAUCAUCACCCGCGAUGCCUCCACCGGCGGCGCCAGCUUCGACAAGUCCGAUCUCCGCCUUGACAUCUUCCUUGUCCAGCACGACAUGGAGAAUAUGUACAUGUGGGUCUUCAAGGAGCGCCCGGAGAACGCUCUUGGCAAGAUGCAGCUCCGCAGCUACAUGAAUGGCCACUCUCGCCUCGGCGAGCCCCAGUUCCCCUUCUCCGUAGACCGGGGCUUCGUUCGCUCCCACCGAAUGCAGCGCAAGCAGUACCGCGGCCUGUCCAAUCCCCAGUGCGUCCAUGGUAUCGAGGUUGUCCGCACCCCCAACCUCUCUCAUGUCUCGGAUGUGGAUAGGAAGAAAUGGGCUGAACUCACGGGGAGAGAUCUCAACUUCUCUAUCCCUCCGGAGGCUAGUGACUUUGGUUCAUGGAGGAAUCUCCCAAACACUGAGUUCGAGCUUGAGAGGCCUCCUCCUUCAUUGAAGAACACUAUGUCACAAACGCAUUCAAGGAAAUUGCUCAAUGGAUCAGGUCUCAACUUGUCGACCCAGCCGUCUAACGGUGGUGAUGGGAUGGACCUCUCCCCGAUGUGCAGCAAACGCCGGAAAGAUUUCUUUCCUCAUGCCAUGGAAGAGGACUGUUGCUUGCCUGUGGGUUCAUCGUCUCCGCAAGAUAUGGAUAUACACCCAAUUGAACCUUUGUGGCUGAAUGAGUUCAGUGGUGUGAUGAGGCAUGCUUAUGGUCCAGUAACUGCUGCAAAGACGAUCUAUGAGGAUGAUGAGGGGUACUUGAUCAUGGUCAGCUUGCCGUUCUCUGAUCAGCAGAGGGUGAAGGUUUCAUGGAAGAACAGUCUUACCCAUGGGAUAGUGAAGAUAUCUUGUGUUAGUACCGCUAGGAUGCCUUAUAUAAAGAGACAUGAUCGCACUUUCAAGCUCACAGACCCUUCUCCUGAGCACUGUCCUCCUGGGGAGUUCAUAAGAGAAAUUCCACUUGCUACUCGAAUCCCGGAGGAUGCUAAGCUGGAAGCAUAUUAUGAUGAAACUGGAACUGUGCUAGAGAUCAUGGUCCCAAAACACAGCGGAGGACCAGAGGAACAUGAAGUUCAUGUGUGUAUGCGCCCGCCUCAUCUCGGAGCUAAUGAGCUUCUACUGACAUGAGAUGGAGAAUUUUUAUGUGCAUCGGUGGUUGCCUUGGUCAAUUUUCCAUUGUUUACUAACUUUGUAUCAUAGAAGGAAAUCCAUCAAUUCACAGUGCAUCCUUACCAUGCCUAUUUCCUUUUGCAACUCCUAUCGGGAUGAUUUGGUGGCGAUUCACUCUGGUAUGGCUUUUAAUCAUGGGUGCUCUGAAACGCUGGAUACUUGAAGUUCCCAAAGGAGAGUGGUAAGGAUUUCACUGUAUUAUUGCAGCCUUUUAUGCUUAUAUGUUGACAUCUGAAUUAAGAUAAUUUAUCUGUUUCAACUAUUGCCAACCCUUAUUAUAAUUGUAGACAUAAUUUUCUUCCACCUGUUUCUUUGAUAUGUUGGCAUUGUUCCAGUCACUAAUUUUUCAACAGAACAUGAUGAAUCAACAAUUUGUAUAGACAUUCAUAUUGGAUGAGGUAGUUGAGGUGUUCCAGUGUGGUUCUGUGAUUCAUUAAAAA